AUGUGGAAACCGUUGACCAUUGCCGCGCUUUUCGCUGCGCCGUCUCUUCAGAGUGCGGUUGGCAAGCGGUUUGCGCCUCUGAAGUUUUCUAAGGAUGGAACAUUCCAGAUCUCUAUUUUGGAAGAUCUUCACUUUGGAGAGAGUAAGUCUCCCACGCUAUUUCAUGAAUUUCCGAGUGCUAACUUUACAAAAGAUGCAUGGGACUCCUGGGGACCAGAGCAGGAUGUCAAUUCCGUCAAAGUAAUCAAUGAGGUCCUCGAUGCCGAGUCCCCAGAUCUCGUCGUCUUGAACGGCGACUUGAUCACCGGCGAAAAUGCCUUCCUGGAAAACAGCACCGUCUACAUUGACGAGAUUGUCGCACCUCUCGUUGACCGUGGCUUGACCUGGGCCUCCACCUACGGAAACCACGAUAGUUCCUACAAUCUCUCCCGCUCAGCCAUCUUGGCCAGAGAAAACCGGUGGCCCAAUUCACGAACCAAGCAGAUGGUCUCUGGCCGCAAUGCUGGUGUCACCAAUUACUAUCUCCCUGUCUACGGAUCCAGCAACGAGAAAGCUUCUGGAGCACCCGAAAUGCUGCUGUGGUUCUUUGACAGCCGCGGUGGUGACUAUUACCAAGAACUCGAUUCUUCUGGAAACGAGGUCGCGCAGCCAAACUGGGUUGAUGAGAGUGUUGUGAACUGGUUUGAAACGACCAAUGCGGAGUUGGUCAAGAAGUACCACAAGAACAUCCCCUCUCUCGUUUUUGUCCACAUCCCCACCAAUGCAUCCCAGGCUAUCCAGACUGAACUUGGAAUAAAUGCGCACAAGGAGCCAGGCAUCAAUGACGACUAUGUCCUCGCACAGCAAGGAGAGGGCUGGUGCGCGGAUGGAAGCAAUGACAGCUCUUGCGUGUAUGGUGGUCAAGAUGUGGCAUUCAUGAAGGCUUUGGUUGAUACGCCCGGUGUUAUUGGUGUUUUCUCAGGUCAUGACCACGGAGAUACCUGGUGCUACAAGUGGGAUACCCUCAUCCCUGGAAUGUCGGUGAAAGGAAACGGCAUCAAUCUUUGCUUCGGACAGCAUACUGGAUACGGUGGAUAUGGAAGCUGGAUUCGGGGAUCCCGACAGGUCCUUGUUACCGAGUCGAAGCUCAAGGAUAUGGUGAUUGACACUUGGAUUCGACUUGAGUCUGGUGAUGUUGUAGGAUCUGUUUCUCUCAACUCGACCUAUGGGGAGGACACGUAUCCUAGUACCCCGGAUACACUUACUUGA